UCAAAAUCAAAAUCCGAAAAAAAUUUCACAAACCCUAGAAAUGAAAAAUCCCCAAAUCUGAAUGGAAUCUCUAUCCCUAACCCGAUUCCUCCCCUUCGGAUCCUCCAUUCGUUUCCGUUACCGGAUCUUCUGUUUCUCCCUUUUCUUCGCCGGCGGCUGAAUCUGAACCGGAACCCGACCCGAAUCGAGCCAGCCCUUCUCGUUUCUGUGUUUUUUUUUUUUGGUUGGUAGUUUUCGUUUAGAGAAAGUAGCGUUUUUAGGGCCAGAGAGCGUGCGUGUUUGUAAAGAUGGGGAGUUCGGGGGGAUCGGGAGGUGAAGGAGGAGGCGGAGGGGAGUGUGGAGUCGGGUCAAUUGUGUGGGUCCGACGGAGAAACGGGUCUUGGUGGCCGGGGAAGAUUCUCGGACCCGAAGAGCUCAACACCACUCAUCUCACUUCACCGCGAUCGGGCACCCCGGUUAAGCUGCUUGGACGAGAUGAUGCUAGUGUGGAUUGGUACAAUUUGGAAAAAUCUAAACGUGUGAAGGCAUUUCGAUGUGGUGAGUUUGAUGAUUGUAUUGAAAGGGCUGAAGCCUCCCAAGGCAUGCCUGCCCGGAAAAGAGAAAAAUAUGCACGUCGAGAAGAUGCUAUUCUUCAUGCACUUGAACUGGAGAAGGAGUUGCUGAGGAAACAAGGAAAAUUAGAUUCAACCUCGGAUGCAAGAAGUAAAUCAUUGGUUUCUGUGAAAAAGGAUAUAGUUACACCUUCAGGAGCUUCAGAUAGUAAUGGUGGAAAAUCUGGGAAUUCCAAAUCAAAUCAAAGUUCCAAGAUAAUUGAAACAUCUCCCAAGGAUGAGGUUACUGAUGCUUCUUUAAAUUUGCAAAAAGCCAAAGAUGAAAGUCAACCGGGCUUUGAAGAUGGGCAUUCUGAAGUCAUACCUAGGAUGAGAGGCUUGCAGGACUUAGGGCUUAGAACUGCCACUCCAAAGCGGAAGCUUUCUUCUCCUAGUGCUUCAGAUGGUCCUGAGAAACCUACUGUUGACAACAAUUUGCAGACUCCUUCCAGUGGUGAUCCUGGCAUGGGAAGAACUAGCCUUGCAAAUGGAGGGGAGCAAAUGGGAGGUACUUUCCGGGCAAAGAGGAGUAGAUAUAUUUACUUACCAGCUGAAUCUAAUGAGAAUUUGGAUUGUAAAGAAAUUACUCCUAGCCAGACUGACAUGUCAGCUUUGCCAGUUGAAGAUAGUUACUGUGGUCCUCGUAUUCACGUUGAAGAAAACUCGUCAGGGUUUAUGGAAGAUGAUGAAUCUGAUUCUUCUGAGUCCGAGUCCGAGUCUGAGUCUGAGUCGGAGGCUGAUUCAUCUGAGACUGAACCAGAUAUUGAUCAACAGAUGACUAUACUUUCAGGUGCUGCUGAACCUCGAGAAGCAGAAUAUAGAUCGCAAACUCUAGGAGAACAUGGAAGUAUGAGCAGUGAAGAGCAUGAUCACUCGGCACUAUCUGGUGAUAUAUCUCAUGUCCAUCCUCAUGAUCCUUUUUCUGCUAAUGAAGCAGUUUCUAAAUGGCAAUUGAAAGGCAAAAGAAAUAUUCGCAAUAUUACUAAAAGUUCUGCAGAGGCAUCUGACAGAAGAGAUUUUAAUGGAUCCAUUCACAGAACUUAUCGGGAAGAAAAGGGAGCUGCUUUCACCCCCAGAGCAUCAGGGAGAAGUAUGAAUUCCCGGAGAAAGGAUUAUUUCAAUGACGCCCUUGAUGAGGUGGAUUUUGAUGAUAAGGAUUUCUUUUCCCCUAUGGUUGGGUUGGAUGGAGGAUAUCCAUAUAUGCCUAGGGCUCCAUCAAGAGGUCAUAAUAGUUUCAACCGUAAUAUCCUUGAUUGGGACGACAUGGCAUGGGAAAAUCAGCCAAGCUCCAGAGGGCACUGGGGCCACCAAUUGGAGCGUUUUAGUCCAAGAUUUUUCGGCCACUAUAGUUUUGGUGGCAGGCCACGAACUAUGAUGGUGGAUGUAGACCUGAAGGUCCAAGCAAGCUAUCCAAAAGAGCGUGUUCCCAUAGUUUCUCUGAUGAGCAAGUUAAAUGGGAAGGCAAUAAUAGGGCACCCACUCCAAAUUGAAAAAGUAGAAGAUGGUUCAUCUGAUUGUCUUAUACCUGCAAAUGAAUAUUUUGGCAAUGAAGCAAUUGAUCAUGAUAGAACGCUUUCUCCAGCUUGGAGGACUGCAAGGAGGACUAAUCUUCGGGUUCCACGAUCUCAUUUAUCAUCAUCACCGAAUGGUGACAUGGCUGCUGAAAGUCAUUCUUUUUUAGAUGAUGACAGAAGACUGUUCAAGAAACAAAAUAUGGGAAAUUUCAAUCACAAGGAAAGUGUGGUUAAGAAAAACCAGUCACAUGGUCCCCGGUCUGCCAUGGAUAAAAAGUUUCCAAAAAAGCAGCCAAAGAAAGUAAGCUUAUCCACUAGCCAAAAAACAAGAACCCUGUCAUCAAUUGCCAUUGACCAUAGUCUCAGUUCUAGGACCUUAUAUGAUACCAAAAGUAGUCAAAUGAAUGGGUUGAUCAAACCAGCGUCAUCUGGGCCAACAACAGUAGCUUGCAUACCGGUGAAAUUAGUAUUCAGUAGGUUACUCGAGAAGAUCAAUAGGCCGCCUUCAAGAGUAUCUAGUAAAGUGGUUCAGUCAAGUAGCGGUGCAGAGAGGAAUCCAUCAUAGAUUACAUGUACAUUGUUAUAUGGGAACACACUAAUACAUCCAACACAGCAUUUCUUGCUGAUUUCCUCUUUCUGACAAAAGCAUCGCUGUAUACAUUGUCGGCAACACGGUGUGUAGAUUCCGCCGUCAUGAAUAAUCAGAUAAAGCAGGUAAUGUGGAAGAAACUACUAUAUACUGAAUAUGUUGGAUGAUGACGCUGUUUAGACUUUUAUUGUUUGUAGCAACAUUUGUUGGAUGGGAGAAGAAAAGCAGCUUUAAUUAGGCAGAAACAGAGUAAUUAGAAACUAUAGUGGUUAAAAUUAGAUAGUUCUGAAACCAUAUAGAUGAUUGUAUAUUUUAGUUUCCCAUAAAAAGCCUAUUUAUAUUUCAAACUUUUUUUUUUCUCGAUUAAUUUAAAGAUAAAGGAGCUUAUGAAAUGA